AAAUCACGUCAAACAGUGCUCCGCUUGAAAAAUAUUUGGGGCCGAAGAUGGAAUUAUCUCUUUCAUGUGCUGAUUUUAUUUUUCCCGCGCACACAUAAAGUGGAACUUUUUUCCUUCUAAUUUAUAUUUUGAAAUUUUCUUCUGUUGUGCAUCUUGGAAAGGCCGGGCCUUGUAGUUUUGUUUCAAAAUUCCUUGAAAUUUUUCUUUAGAAAGGGGAUUCAGUUCCAAUUAACAGAUCAAGCGCAAAAUUCCAAAGCCUUGAACAGUUAGUCAUUUUCUUUUUAUUACUUAGCAAAUCAAAUUCUCAAUUUUCUGGUUUAAUUCAUGCAUCAGAACUAUCUUUUACUGCAUAAUUUUCUGGUUUUGUCUGAAUGGAUCUGCCAACAUUUGUAGUAUUAUUCUCUGUCAAAUCUAUUUUGGAGCAUAGGAAAUGACACAUGCUUGCUGUUUCUCCGUUUCUAAGGCAUUAAAUUUUGCAACAGCAGCAGGGAGAUUAUCAAUAAGUUUUACCUACAAGUUGAAAUUUCCAUUCAAGUUCUCAUCAAGAAAAAUUCACAUGGAAAAUAAUCUCAGUAGUGAUUCAAGAGGCGCUUUAAUUGUUUUAGAAGGGCUUGAUCGGUGUGGGAAGACCACUCAAUCAAGCAGACUACUUUCAUACUUGGAAGAGUUAGGACAUACAGUCGAAUCAUGGAGAUUUCCUGAUAGAACUACGAAUGUUGGGCAAAUGAUUUCUUCUUAUCUUGCCAAUAAAUCACAUCUGGAUGAUCACACAAUCCAUCUUCUCUUCAGUGCAAAUCGUUGGGAGAAGAGAUCAUUGAUGGAGUCUAAGCUGAAGAGUGGAACCACUCUUAUCAUUGAUCGUUACUCUUAUUCUGGUGUUGCUUUCUCGUCUGCCAAAGGGCUCAAUAUGGAGUGGUGUAAGGCUCCGGAGAUAGGUUUAUUAGCUCCUGAUCUGGUAUUAUAUCUUGACAUAUCACCCGAAAAUGCUGCUGAACGUGGAGGUUAUGGAGAAGAGAGAUAUGAGAAGCUUGAAUUUCAGAAAAAGGUUGCCCAAUCAUACAAGACUCUUCGUGAUGCCUCAUGGAAGAUUAUAGAUGCCACGCUUCCAAUUGAAGAUGUUGAGAAACAGGUGAGAGAAACUGUACUGAACUGUGUGGAGGCAUGCGUAAAAGGGAAACCUCUUUCAGAGCUCUGGUUAUCCUAAUUUUCCUUUUUUAACUCCAAUUGAGUACAAGUUUGAGACAGUCUUGCCUGUGAUUAUGAAAGAGGAGUGUAAUUUUAAUUCAGGUCGUUUUUGUUGUCUAAUUCUGAAGAUUUGCAGUCAAGACGACAAUGAUCGUAAACUAGAGGACACUUGGCCCAUGUGGCCAAAUUAAACUUCUUUGUAUUGCUAAUGCUGCUUUUCCAUUUCAGGACAAAAAUGUGUUUGUAUGCAUAGCUUAAGUAACUCUUUUUGCCGUUGAGCUUUUUUACAAAUUACUUUUCUGUUAUCA